AUGAGCCACAAGCACUCGGACCCGUCAGACUGGAAAGCGACAAAGCUACCGAAGCUUGCCCAGUUGGACUCUCUCCAGCGGUGUCUCAUUUGUAAGGACUUUCUCAAGGCGCCAGUGAUCACCUCGUGCAACCACACAUUCUGCUCCCACUGCAUUCGCCAGCAUCUAAUGGCCGAAAGUCUGUGUCCUCUUUGUAAAACAGAGCAAUUCGAGAGCAAUUUAAAGAGGAAUAUACUCUUGGAGGAGAUUGUGCUAUGCUAUGAAAGGCUACGACCAGAUCUUCUUGAGCAACUAAAGAGUGAAGAGCAAACACCACAUGUGGAAGAAACCAAGGAGGCAGAUUUGGAGAUUAUCGAGGUUCCAGACGAAGAAAGUCCACAAGUAAAUCCCACCAAUGGAAAUCCAGAGUUAGUGCAGUGUCCCGUGUGUAGCCAGAGCAUGAGUGCUGACUUUCUCCAAAGAAGCCAUUUGGACGAUUGCCUUAACGGUAAAAGCACCAAAGUGCCUCCUCCAAGAGUGUCAACGGCACCAAAAAGACUGAAAGGGAUCUCGUCGUUCUUCCAGCCCCGCAAGCGCCAGGAUGUGAACCACUCGUCGUUCUACUUUUCGCAACCCGAGAAGCACCACCAUGAAAUCAAGAAAAUCCCCAAAAUAGACUUUGGCUCCCUUGCGACGCCCAAGUUGAAAGAAAAAUUAAGUCAGUUGAAGCUCCCGACGUCAGGAACCCGGUCUCAGCUCGAGCUCAGGUACAACCAUUACUACGUGUUGCACAACUCGAACCUGGACAGUUCACACCCAGAAAGCGACUUGGCACUUAGACAGAAACUUAUGCAGUGGGAAAAGUCACACGCGGCCUUUUCAUCGGCUGCUACUUCUGGUGGCUUGUUUGCUGACUCCUUGAGUCACAAGUCCAUAACAGAUAAAGACUUCCCCGUGGGACUUUGGCUUGAGAAGAAUAGAAAUACGUAUAAGCGGUUGAUCCGCGCGGCAAGGGCGACUAACAAGAAAAAGGCCGACAAAGAGGGUAUAGAGAUGGAUGUGGGCACCGAGAGUGGCGAUGGGAGUCACAAUACCAAGGAGUUUGUUGAGCAAACUACAAAUGAAAAAAUCGAUGAAAAGAAGAAGGAGGAAGCAGAGCAAGUUGGAGUCAAGGAGGAGAAUGCUGAGUUUGAUUUCUCUCAGAGUACUCUCUUCAUUCCCCAAUAA